AUGGUUCGAAAACGAUUAUAUCAAGAAGUUGAUAAACCAUACACACCUGAAAUUAAAUCAAAACAAGUUCAACUAUAUUCAUUUGAAAAAAUACCUGAAUAUCUACAAUCAAAUCCAUAUAUUCGUACGGGCUAUAGACAUGGUUUAAGUAUUAAAGAUUGUUUAAUUAGCUUAGUCUAUCUAAAUAAUGAAACAAUAAAUAUUUGGUCACAUUUAAUCGGUGCUGGACUUUUCGUAUAUUUUUUCUUUCGUGAUAUUUAUAAUGGACGUGCAUUACCAUUUUUUGCAUCAACAUCUGAUUAUUAUUUUAUUUUAUUUUAUACUGUUUCUGUCAUUAUAUGCAUGUUAUGUUCCGUUUCAUUUCAUCUUUUCAAUUGCAUAUCACCACGAGCAUUUGCCGAUUUUCUAAAACUAGAUUUAUGUGGUAUUGGUUUUGGUAUUCUCGGUUGUUACCUAUGUGGUCUUCAUCUUGCAUUUGAAUGUUAUCGUGAUUGGAGGAUAAGAUAUGAAACAAUGAUAAUUUCUAUAAUGUUUAUUGCUGUGAUAUAUUAUAUACAUGGUGUAAAACGAUAUACUACACGAAAUAUUCAUGUAACUUUAUUUGUAAUCAUAUCUCUUAUGGGAUUUCUACCAGGUUUUCAUUGGUAUGCUCUUCAUGGUGGUUGGUCAAAUGGAUUUGUUCAACAAUUUUUUCCAAGAUUAUUUGUACUCUAUGGAAUAUUAGGUGUUGGAACAUUUGCGUAUUUAACAAAAUUUCCUGAACGAUUCUUUCCGGGUUAUUUUGAUUUUAUUUUUGCCAGUCAUCAAAUCUGGCAUUUUGCUUCAUUAGGUGCAUUUAUUUGGUGGUAUCAAAAUGGUAUAGACUUAUUACAAUAUCGUCUAAGUAAUCCGUGCAGUACUCCUGAAAUCUGA